GGGAGAAUGACGGGCAAGACUCAGACCAGCAACGUGACCAACAAGAAUGACCCGCGCUCGCUGAACUCCCGCGUCUUCAUCGGCAACCUCAACACCGCCCUCGUCAAGAAGACCGACAUCGAGGUCAUCUUCGCCAAGUACGGCAAGAUCGUGGGCUGCUCGGUGCACAAGGGCUACGCCUUCGUGCAGUACAUCAGCGAGCGCAACGCGCGCGCCGCCGUGGCCGGCGAGAACACGCGGGUCAUCGCCGGGCAGCCUCUCGAUAUAAACAUGGCGGGUGAGCCCAAGCCAUACAGGCCCAAGCCGGGAAACAAGCGGCCACUGUCGGCUGUGUACAGUGGCUACGAGUUUGACUACGAGUACUACAGAGAUGAUUUCUACAGCAGGCUGUUUGACUACCACGGCCGUGUGGCCCCGCCCCCCAGAGCCGUCAUCCCCUUGAAGCGCUCCCGGGUUGUGGCGCCCUCCACGCGCCGAGCGAAGACCACCUUCCCCGUGAAGACCUCCUCCUCUUCCUCCUCCUCCUCCUCCAGACCUCCCACCUCCUCAUCGUCCUCCACCGGCCCCAAACCGGUGAAGACGGACCAGCUGCAGAUCAUCAAGCGAGAGCUUGGACAGAUCAAGGUGAAGAUAGACUCCCUGCUAGGACGCCUGGACAAGAUCGAGAAGCAGCAGAGAGCCGAGUGUGAUGCCCAGAGGAAGUACGAGGAGAACUGCGACUCCCUGAACGAGGAGUCGGUGUCGGAGGCAGGGGAGAACUCGGGGGAGGAGGCGGGGGAGGAGGCGCUAGACGGGGAGGCGGGAGCGCUGACUGACGGGGGAGAGGAGGACUACGACGAGGAGGGGAGCCGCCACCUGAUAGAGAACCACGUUUCUGAUAUUGACAACUGAAGCUGGCUAGCGAAAGUCGCCGGCGUUUCCGCUCGGCCGCGAUGGAUGAACUCCUCCGUCUUCUCCUCCUUCCAGACACACGACGACGGUGGAAGGAUACACCCCACCCACCCCCCACGACCGGCUCACAUCCGUACGGUUGGAGUCGUUCCAGGUUGUGUUCGAAUCCCUCCCCUUCCCCGCCAUUUGCAGACUCCCCCCCGACGGAUCAUCAUGAAACAAUUGGCGGCGACGCGCGCCCUCUUUCUAAAUGAAAACCUGUUGAAGACACACCUGUAAAGUAUUUUGGCUUGUGGCACCUCACGGAUAACUCUUUACGUUCUGUGUUUUUCUUUCUACAAACGGACAUCGGAUGUCGUUUCCGAAAGGGAAGGAGUAUUCCAUAAAGCAAAUUUUUGCAUUUUAUUUUGCUAGAUCUGAUGUGAUUCAUUAAGGUGGAGUGUAAUUAAAAAAGUGUUUGUCUCAAUGCAGCAUUCCACACAGUGACUGAAAAUGAGGCAAAUUGUUGAUGAAUUAUUAAUGAAUCACAGCGAAAUCAAUUUAUGUUUAUUGCAAAGGCGGUGGGGUGGAUCGUGUGCUGAAACGCAUUGUUCACGUUGUAUUCAUUUUAAAUUGAUCCCUCUCCUCGUCUGUGCCCCAGUGAGCUCUGUUUUGCUGACGUUCAACCCAUCACUCUACUUUAACCGGUGAUGGCUUCACGACCAAGAAGGUUGUUUGUGUAUUUUAAAUUCCAACUCGCACGCCUGGCCGUUACCGAAAUUCCAAAAGUUUGUUCGGAAUAAAUUCAUUACAACGAAAGGGAAUAAAUAUUUUUGUAUUCUAUGAAGUCAAUCAAGCAAAAGUGUCCACACCAUGUUGGUCUUGUAUUUUAGAAAAAUGUCAGUGAUGUCUUGCAAAAACUAAAAUCUCCCUGCUUCAUCACCAUCAUACUUAAUCUGAUCAUUUUUAGCAGUAUUUCAUUUUUAGCAGUAUUUGGGGUUACUGUUAUUAUUAUGAUUAUUAUUAAUAUGAAUCACAACUUAAUCAACGACUUUGCUUUGGAGUUUCCUUGUAAAUAGAUUGUGUUAUACUUAUUUUAAAUAGAGAAAUUGCGGAACAAGAAAGAAAAAAUAAUAAGAGUUCAUAUGGAAUUAGACAUCAGGAUGUUGAGGUGGGUUGGACGAGUAUAUAUGCUUUAUAAGAGAAAUUCAGUGGUCGGAAAAUGAACUGUUAAAUAGAAUGUACAUUUUUUGUAUAAAAAGAGAUUUGACCAAAAAAAAUAGAUUUUUUUUUUUAUUAAAGCAUGUUUAUUGUACCUUCUAAUGUAUUUUAAUUUAAUCACAACUGUCGUAAGCCCACAGGAUUCAUGAAGUAAAAUCAAUUGGAAUCCAUGCAGAUUAAUUAUUUGUGUUCUUCUCUGUCAAUAAAGAGUUAU